AUGAGUGAAACACUGGAAAAUAUCAAAUCUUCCAUUAUACGUUGGUGGACAGCAGUCAAUGCUGAUAAACAACCCAAACCGAAUCCGGCACGAAUGGUCACUGUUCAGGAAUUACCGAUAUAUUCGGAUGAGAAGCCAUACUAUAAAGAAGUCGAAGAACUUCCUAUGUCGAUACAGAAGGAAAUGGCAUUAUUACGACGUGCUGCUUUACGACGCUUUGGAGAUUUUGGGGAAUCCUAUCUGAAUGUUGAGGAGAAAUCGAAAAAGGUUUUUAACUCUGCUCAAGAAUUCCAACGAUUUUUGCAAGAAGAUUAUGGAUUAUUACCGAAAGCCGCUGCUAUCACCAUUGGUGGUCUUACUGGUUUUUUUCUUGGUAUGAAAAAGUCAGUAUUCCGCAGAUUUCUGUAUUCUGGGAUGGGUUUAUUAACGAUGACAGCAUUUUGUUAUCCCUAUGAAGCGAUUGCUGUUACUCGCACUGCAUUCGAACAUGGUAAAAUGGCUUGGGAGAAUUUUGCUCGUUCACCCGAACCUCCUGAAUAUUCAGUUCGAGCGGAUGCACCUUCCUCUAAUUCAGAACAAUAA